AUGGAAAAACGAACGGGAGAGUCUCCGAUGGACUUUGAGUGGCAGUCUCGUCCUCCGGGUGACGCCAGCUCGCCUUUCUACCAGAUUGGCAUGCAGCACCACGACAACAAGAAGCGCACCCACAGUGUCUUCGAUUCUCCCGGGAAGAAGCCGUUGCCAUCUCUCCGCCCUCCGAACUCACAGCCCUUCCUGUUCUCCCGGUCGAAUACCCAGCCCGAGUCGCAAGUUCCCCGGUCAGUCUUUGGCCAACCAGCAUUCACAAAGUCAGCCUUUACCACUCCACGCAAGUUCGACCCUGAUCUUUCUUCAGGGGCGGAGAACUUUUCCUCCCCCGACAAUGCGGAUAACGAAGAUACGCCGGAGCAGUCAAGCCCAAGGCGAAACUCUCUGUUCAACAUCUACGGACGGUUUGCGCCCAGCCCUGGCCGAGGCGAAAUUCCCCGGCUGAACAAUUAUUCGAAUGCGCUAGUACGGCGCGUCCAGAAGCGGCGGCGUCGUAACAAGGAGCUUGGACGGCACAUCCAGAUCGAUACAGAUGAUGACGAGAGUGACCGACCCAGCAGCCGUGAAGGUCGCACGGACAAAUCCCGGAACAAGGGCAAGCGGUCUGAAUCAAAAUCCUCUACAGCCCCAUCGUGGUGGACCAUGGCGUGGUGGUCAGAAUUCUUCAAACUGCUAGAGGAGCAUCCCAAUGUGCCCAGCAUCUUGUCGUGGUGGGCCCAGUUAUUGGUCAAUUUGGCAUUAUUUUCCCUUGCUCUUUAUGUGGUCUUUGCUUUCAUCUCGACAAUGCGCAGGGAAUUCAAUAUUGCAGCCGAUAACGCGUCUGCUGCAAUGAUAACAAGUAUGGGCGUUUGCGCCAACAACUUUCGCAUUAAUAACUGCGAGCUUCGACCACCCGAUUUGCAGCUGAAAUGCGAGCAAUGGUUGAAUUGUAUGAACCAAGAUCCAUCUCGGGUUGCCCAGGCCAAGGUGUCAGCACACGCGAUGGCCGAAAUAAUCAACAACUUUAUUGAACCUAUCAGUUGGAAAGCAAUUAUGUUUUUCCUCGCUUCCCUCGCUACUGUGACCGUCAUAAGCAACUGGACCUUCCGCUCUUUCAGAAAUCACCUCAGCCAAGAGGACUACGUUCGCCAUAAUUACCCACCAGCUCACCACUACUCUUCUAUGCACGCUACUCAGCCCCAGCUGCAGCACAAUCCCAGUCAUGGCUAUUUCGCUCCACAUGCUCCGCAGCAACUGCAGUCCAAUGGACACGCCGAGAAGAAUGAUGCCCCGUUGGCGCUGGAGGAUGUACCAUCAAUGGACUUUGUCACCGAGCGCACCCGCGACCGCGAGAGCCACCUUCGGACGCCGAGCCCGUCAAAACGACACCGUCAAUUUGCAUAG